AUGGACGGUGGUCCCAAUCAUCCGAUCAAAUGGGGGACAUGUCGAGAGGGCGUCCGGUCCCAGCUGCAAAGAUUUGACUCACUGCCACAGGAUGGUUUCGCGUUAAUGCAGUCCUAUCAAGCUGUCCUUGAUAACGAUGAAACUUUUACCCAGUUCUUCUCGGACAAGCCACUCGAAAGUUACACCGUCGAGACGCGUCUAAGGGAAACAUUGGGCAUUCGUCCUCCAUCUUCAUCUGACUCUGGGCCGUCUAGGAGUGAGAAUGAUUCCUCUAUUAGCUGGGUCAACAUCUUUCGACAUGGCAGUUUCGAAAAGCAAAAUGACGGCUCCUAUCACUGCUAUGAUCAAGGAAACCUCGUUCAAAUUGACGAAUCCCUUCACAAAAGCAUCCUACUCAACCGAUGCUUUCUCCCAGCAAACUCCUACCUGUGGCCAAGUCCCACCGACGCUGAAAGAGAGGCGGAAAUCACUCUGGCAAUCGAGGCAGAUGUCCUGGAUGAACUCGACAAAAAGAUCAAAUACGUGGAGAAGCUGAAGCGACUUCAGCUGGCACUGAAGAAGCGCCGAAUUAAGCUCCAGGGCAUUCGAGACCCCGUGAAACGGUCUCGUACGCCGCACACCCCCGGAUCGCAGUGCCCUACCCCGAACGAAUCACGUCGUCCCACGGUAUCUGUCGAGAAGCACGAUACUCGUGCGCGCAGUUUAUCCGAAAGCUCGGGUGUCUCAAGCGGAUCCGAUAUCCCUUUCACCGUCCCCGGAGAUGUCUCAAGGCCAAUAUCCUAUGACAGUGAGACGGAUGAUGAGAUUGCCCACGCACGUCAACAAGGGCAUUCGAAAAUCGUCGAUCUCGUCGACAGCAACCAGAAAGCAUAUGAUGAAAUGGGAGUGUCGGUGUCUGGCCUUCUUAGCACCAGAAAGCCCGAAGUCGCACAAAGCCAGGCUAAUACACAGAAGUCCAAGCAAUUCCAAGUAGACUUGCCAGCGAAACACCAGCUUCAUGGCAACGAGGACUUGAUGCGACCGCCUCCAAAAAAGCAAAAGACCGAGACUGCGUCGUCCCCGAUAGAUAUCGAGACCAUCGGCCUUGGUGAAGUACUUCCAAUGUGGAAAGAAAAGGUCGACACACCCAUUAAACCGCAGUCCAAAUCUUCAUCUGUAGGAAAGCGACGCACAGGACAAAAGCGAACGCGGAAUAACUUCACCGAUUAUGAGAAGGAGCACGCCCCAGCCUGGUUCAAGAAGCAGGUGGAUGCAGGAAAGUCCCCGGUUGAAGUUGAGAAGGCCUAUGUCGAAAAGUUUGGUGUCUUCCACCGUUGGCUCACAGUGAAACUUUGGGUCGACCGGUUGGAUGAAAAGGCCACCAAAGAAGGGAAAGGGGUGGAUAUAGCAGAGACCCGGAGCAAAAUCGUCGUAUUGAAGCCGAUUCGGAAGUUCCCAACGAGCCAAGCAAUGCCACCACCAGCUGUCCCCAACCCUGGUUAUGCCGCCGCGCCGCCCUACAAAUCCCCAUAUCCCUUAUUCCGGUCCUCUGAGCAGCCUCGGGGCUCAUCGGUCGCGUAUGAGCUGGAUUGGCCCUCCAAAACGGCUGGAUCAAGCCCGAUCAAGAGUGGCCUUCCGAACGUGUACUGA